AUGCACUGCCUCCACAGACUCCCUUGUGUCCAGGUGUUCACAGGUGCCAAAGGAUCGCGUGAUGGAGGUUACUGCUCAGCCCAGGGGUCAUCGCGGGACUCCUCUGAGGUGGCGUGUGGGGAGGGUCUGUGCUCCCACCACCAUGAGGACCACCUGGAGGACCCCCAUGCCCCACACACACCCCACAACUCCCACACAGACCUGGAGCACAGUGAGGCCCUUCACCCACCGCUGUCCCCCUCCUUGCAGCGGUCCACUCAGCCCUUCACACUCUCCCUCCAGCAGAUGUUGGAUGACUCAAGGUGUGAAGACGAGGAAAUCCCCGAGGCAGAGGUGCAGGCAUGGAGGGCUCGACUCGGCGUCGUCAAACAGAAGCGUGCCGAGCUGCGACAAACCCUCCGACAGCGGUUUCAGCAAUUCUGCCAUCGGGGAUGUGCCGUGGCUGUCCCAAGCUCUGGCGUUGGAGGGCAGCCUCAUAUGUGCCCCCACCACACACCCAUGCCACACCACCCCAUCACCACAGCUCCUUCCACCAACCCAUGCUAGAGAGGGAGUGAAGGGUGGCUGGGUUGGAUCUGUUGUGAAUGGUGUGGGUGCUGGUCUUGCCUGGAGAAAAACUGUGCUGUGCUAGUGACUCCUGAUGGCCUGCAGUGGUGUGUUGGGCUCGGGGGAAGGGAGUGAGGAGUGGGGCAAUGCUCAGCAAUGCGCACAGCUGUCACCCUUGCAGUUUAGGGUGGCUGGGAACACUCAAGUUAUUUAUUUAAUUUUUUCCUACAGGACUAGUGGCCACCUCUCUCUCUCUCUCUCUCUCUCUCUCUCUCUCUCUCUCUCUCUCUCUCUCUCUCUCUCUCUCUCUCUCUCUCUCUCUCUCUCUCUCUCUCUCUCUCUCUCUCUCUCUCUCUCUCUCUCUCUCUCUCUCUCUCUCUCUCUCUCUCUCUCUCUCUCUCUCUCUCUCUCUCUCAGUGGUUAGGUGGCUGAAGGAAGGUCUACCACAUGCAUGUCACAUUCUGACAAACUCUGGAAGGACAAUAAUAUCUCUAAUUUUUAUUUCCUAUGAGAAAGUAUGUCGGUUUUUUUGAGUUGGUUUUAAGUUAUGGUUCUUUUGUCAAUGCUGCAGGACGGAGAGUGUCUGUAGCCAAGGACUGAAAGGAAAGGCAAAUGAGAGCCCAUUCAACUCUUCAAAGUAUUGUUUAUUGAAGUUGGUGGCAGUUUUAGUCUAUUCCCUCCUUCAGCGAGGUGCAAAAUCACUCCAUUUCCCCAGGUUCUUUUUUUUUAUGAUGAAUAAGUUACAAAAACAUUCCUCUAUGUUCUGUGUGGCUCAGUUGAUUGAUUUUCAUGUGUUGUGGCAUGUGUGUGUCAGUGUAAGUAGGCUGAGGUGCAGUGGAGGGCAUGCAAGGGUGGGAGGACUGCUUGAGUUAGGCAAGGUUGUAUGGGGGGUGGAGAGUGGGAUGAGGGUGGGUGUUGAUCUUAUUGUGCAGUUCAUAUUCUCUCUCUCUCUCUCUCUCUCUCUCUCUCUCUCUCUCUCUCUCUCUCUCUCUCUCUCUCUCUCUCUCUCUCUCUCUCUCUCUCUCUCUCUCUCUCUCUCUCUCUCUCUCUCUCUCUCUCUCUCUCUCUCUCUCUCUCUCUCUCUCUCUCUCUCUCUCUCUCUCUCUCUCUCUCUCUCUCUCUCUCUCUCUCUCUCUCUCUCUCUCUCUCUCUCUCUCUCUCUCUCUCGUCAGUACAAGGGCAGAUCCUCUCUCUUGUCCUCCUCCUCCUCCUCCUCCUCCUCCUCCUCCUCCUCCUCCUCCUCCUCCUCCUCCUCCUCCUCCUCCUCCUCCUCCUCCUCCUCCUCCUCCUCCUCCCCUCCUGUCCCUGCAUUGCUGCCCCUGCUUUGUGCCAGCCAGCCAGCCGUCUCACUCUGUACAAAGUCUGAUUACAUUUUCAUGCUCAUUUGUUUUCAAGUCAUUGCAAAGGUCAGUGAUUUUUUUUUAUUUAUUUGCAUUUUUUUGUAGUACAAGCAAAGCAAGGAUUUGUUUUGUAUUGUCAUCAGUGUUCACCAUCUUUUUUCCAGAAGUGAGCAAGGAAAGAAACAAACCAUUUUUUCUGUCUUAAAUCAGUUUGAGCACAAGACUGGUGGAUUUUUUAAAGAUAUUUUUAUUUUUCACUGUUUUUUGGUUGUUGAUGUUGGUAUACGAAGUGAGGAAGGAAGGAGUUGCCUUUCUCCCUGCACCAGUCUCCCGCCUCACGAAGGAGUGACAAGAUGACUCAGCUCCUGAGGCUCCACAGAACAAGGGUGUGGUUCAUAUCAGUCUAGACGGUUAUGGUUCUACAUGGCCGCGGUGCAAAAGGAAGACAUCAUUAUUAUUACCAUUGUUUUUAUUGUUAUUAUUUUUAUUAUUAUUACUACUACCAGGAGAUUUUGCCCGCACUGCUGUGGGAUACAAGACAGUUGGCUGUGUUUAUAGAGACGACCUCAUUCAGACAAGGAGGCCAGUCUAAGGUGUUGGGUCAAAGAAAUAUCAAUAUCUAAAAAUAAAGAAAUACAGAUGUGC